AUGUCGCUCCCCACUCCCGACCCGUCCGUCCCGGACCUCGCCUCCUCCCCACCCGCUCUUCCAUCCCGCACAUCCUACUCCCUACCCAGCGGCAAACACCCCCACUCGCUCUCCCAGCCCGGCUCGGGUAUCGCUGAAGGAUGGACCUCCCCACUCACCCCCACGUCCUUCACUUCGCUCUUACCGCUCGUGGAUGGAUCAUUGGCCACUUUGGCGGGAUUGGCCGGGUCUGAUAAAGGAAUAGACGGGGAGGAAGCGGGAAAGGCUGUUGUCGGUACCGCGAGGGAACUGUUUAGGACAUUAGAAGGGAUGAAGGCCUCGGCGCUGGAUCUGCCAGGUGGACACCUCACCACGAGACGGAUAGAGGAGCUAGAGAGGAUAAUGCAGGGUGAUGUGGACAAGAGGCGGGAAACGCUAAGAAAAUUGGCAGAGGUGGAGAUGCCUACUGCGGACCGGAUACGAAAGGCAGGAGAAGGAGCGGGUGGGGAGCUGGUCGAUGGGGAAAGAAUAGCAACAGCGGGCACGGAGCCUGCAGAAUGA